AUGUCAAUUUUUCGCCUACUUUUAAUAAUUUUAUUUUUGUUAAUUUCAACAUUUGCUUCACAACAAAAUUUUAAUAAUUCUAAACAAACAAAAAGACAACUAAAAAUACUCGUAUAUUCCCCUACUUUAAGCUGGAGUCAUGCUCAAUUUUUAGGGAAAAUUGCAGACACAUUAGUUGAUGCUGGCCAUCAAGUGCAUUUUCUCAAAUUUGUCAUGGACUUGGAUCUCAAAUAUAAAAAUGAAACAUCUCGGGUAAAUCCAGCAUAUAAAUAUAUUGUUGAACCAACCUCAGAAAAUGCUGAAUUAUUGGAUGUUAAGAAAAAUUCAUUGGUUACAGAUUCUUUUGCAAACAGGAGACCUUUCCUAACCUUAUUUGGACAUCAAAACGAUCCCAUUGGACCAGUAUUUGCAACUGCAUGUAAAGAAACAAUAAAAGAACGUCAAUUACUACAAAAAUUAGAGGAAGAAAAUUUUGACGUCGGAAUAGGAGAAAAUUAUGAUCAUUGUGCAGCAGCUAUUUUCCACAAAAUUGGUGUACGUGUACAAAUUACAGCUUAUGCUGUUCAAUUACUUCAUUGGAUUGCUAGAAAAUAUGAUAUUCCAACAUUUUCUAGCUACGUACCAAGUUUGUAUGAAAAACAGAAUUAUUUCCAAAUUAAUUUUCAGAUAAUUUUGCUCCAAGAUUAG